AUGGCUGACGUAUUUGAUGAAACAAUUAGACGGCAAAAUAGACUUUUACAAUUGGGUUACGAGGUUAAGACGAUUUGGGAGCAUGACUAUUGCAAACUUAAGGAAACGGACGAAAUGAAACAUUUUUUGGAUACAAAUGGCAUUAUAACGAAUCUUGAACAACGCGAUGUGUUUUUUGGUGCCAGAGUCAAUGGGUUUAAGCUUUUUAGGGAUGCCCAACAAGAUGAAACAAUUGAAUACGUUGAUUUUACAUCGUUGUAUCCUUACUGUGUUGUACAAAACUCUUCAGUGUGUACUCAUUCGGAAAAUGAGCGUGCUUUUUGGUGCACUUUUACCACAGUUGAGGUGUUGAAAGCUAUUGAAAAAGGAUAUAAGAUUAUUGAAAUUUUUGAAAUUUGGCACUUUGAAAACACAAGCUCAGAUUUGUUUUCGGAUUAUGUGAAUUAUUUUCUCCGUAUAAAGCAAGAGAGUUCAGAAUUUCUGAGUCGUAUACAAACUCCUGAGGACAGACAGAAAUACGUGGCCGACUAUUAUGAAAACGAGAGAAUACUGUUAAGGCAUGAUAAAAUAGACUACAAUCCAGGCUUAAGAGCACUGGCUAAGCUAUGUUUUAACAGCUUGUGGGGUAAAUUUUGUCAAAAAGACAAUCGACUAAAUACAGAAUUCAUUAAUGAUCCUCCACAUUUCUACAGACGUUUGAACGGGGCCGAUAUUGAAAUGCACGAUCUUUGCAUCUUGAAUGAUGAUUUAGUCGAAAUUGUCUUUAAGAGAAAGCAUGAGUAUGAAGUAGAAAACAAACUAACAAAUAUCUUCAUAGGAAUUUUUACAACUGCAUGGGCUAGAUUGGAACUUUACAAUGUGAUGGAUCUGUUGCAAGAGAGCCUUUUAUAUGUAGAUACGGACAGUUGUAUUUAUGUAAAUAAACCCGGGGGUCCAAGGCCACUCUUAGAGGAUUACCUGGGGCAUUUAACAAACGAAAUCACUCAAGAACAUGGGUUAGAUCCGCCCCUGGUUUUGGUGUAUAAAGAUGUUGUUAAGGAUGGCAAUGACGGUGACAUGAUUUUUGAGAAUGAAGAAAACGCAAGCGAUAUUAGUUUAUUGGAAACUGACGACGAGGAAGAUAUGGAUUUUGAAUCAGAGAACGAAUAUGAUAAAACAUUUAUAAACGACAUUGAAAUGUCUGAAGAUGAAAAUAACGUUUCUUUUUAUCGAAGGUUUAACAGUAAUUAUUAA